AUGAGCGCGACGGUCCUGAACCUCUUCCUGGCCCUGCUGCUCAGCUCCUUCAGCGGAGACAAUCUCUCCUCGGCGGACGACGACGGCGAGAUGAACAACCUCCAGAUCGCGGUGGGCAGACUCAAGCGGUGCGUCGCUUGGCUCAAGGCGACCUUGGUGGGGGUGCCUCAGAAGAUUCUGGGCAAGAAGUCCAAAGAGACCGAGGACGAGGACUCCAACGCCGAUGCCGUGGAGAUGGACUUGGUGGACGGCGUGCUGAAUGUCAAAGUGGCCGACAGAACGUCCAACUGUUUGGUGGAGGGGCGGACUUCCGGCGCCAUCGUGGACGGAGAGCUGGGUCUCGGCGCGCCAAUGGCUCUGGCGGAGUCGGACUUUGAAAACCUGGACAGCGACGACGAAGAGAACGUUGAUGGCGAGGAAAGGGAGAAUCCAAGACCGAGUUUUCCUGCAUCGAUCAAACUGAUGGGAGCGCUGACGGACUCUGGCGACUGGUCGGUGUGCAGCACGGUGGACUACCAGCCACCUGAGGCAGAGGUGGAAGAGGAGGAAGAGGAGGAGCCUGAGCCGGUGGAGCCUGAAGCCUGCUUCACUGAGAACUGCGUGACGCGCUGGCCCUGUCUCGCCGCCAACCUCAGCACGGUCGCAGGCGGGCGAUGGUGGACGCUGAGGAAAACCUGCUUCGCCAUCGUGGAGCACGACUGGUUCGAAACCUUCAUCAUCUUCAUGAUCCUGCUGAGCAGCGGCGCCCUGGCAUUUGAGGACAUAAACAUCGAACGACGGCGGACCAUCAAAAUCAUCCUGGAGUAUGCCGACAAGAUUUUCACCUUGGUCUUUGUCUUGGAGAUGCUCCUGAAGUGGACCGCGUACGGCUUCAAGACCUACUUCACCAACUCCUGGUGCUGGCUGGACUUCUUCAUCGUGGACAUUUCCCUGAUAAGCUUGGUGGCCAACUGGCUUGGUUUCUCAGACCUGGGGCCCAUCAAAUCCCUGCGGACUCUGAGGGCGCUGAGGCCUCUUCGCGCCCUGUCCAGAUUCGAAGGCAUGAGGGUGGUGGUGAACGCCCUCCUGGGAGCCAUCCCCUCCAUCUUCAACGUGCUGCUGGUGUGCCUCAUCUUCUGGCUCAUCUUCAGCAUCAUGGGGGUCAACCUGUUUGCCGGCAAGUUCUACCACUGCGUCAACACCACGUCGGGCGAGCGCUUCCCCCUGGCCGAGGUCAACAACGCCAGCGAGUGUGCGGCGCUGCAGGAGGACACGCAGGAGGCCCGCUGGGUCAACGUCAAGGUCAACUACGACAACGUGGGGAAGGGCUACCUGUCCCUGCUUCAAGUGGCAACGUUCAAAGGUUGGAUGGACAUCAUGUACGCUGCCGUUGACUCUCGAGAGGUGGAGGAGCAGCCGUCCUACGAGGUCAACCUCUACAUGUACAUCUACUUUGUCAUCUUCAUCAUCUUUGGCUCCUUCUUCACGCUCAACCUCUUCAUCGGCGUCAUCAUCGACAACUUCAACCAGCAGAAGAAAAAGCUGGGAGACAAGGACAUCUUCAUGACGGAGGAGCAGAAGAAAUACUACGAAGCCAUGAAGAAACUCGGUUCCAAGAAGCCGCAGAAGCCCAUUCCACGUCCCGCGAACUUCAUCCAGGGCUUGGUGUUUGACCUCAUCAGUCAGCAGUUCUUUGACAUCUUCAUCAUGGUGCUCAUCUGCCUCAACAUGGUCACCAUGAUGGUGGAGACCGACAACCAGAGUCCAGAGAAGGAGGACUUCCUCUUCAAGGUCAACGUGGCGUUCAUCGCGGUCUUCACCACCGAAUGCGUGCUCAAACUCUUCGCUCUGCGCCAAUACUUCUUCACCAACGGCUGGAACGUCUUUGAUUUCAUCGUCGUGAUCUUGUCCAUCGCUGGCACGAUGCUCUCUGACCUGAUCGAGAAGUACUUUGUGUCACCGACUCUUUUCCGGGUGAUCCGGCUGGCCAGAAUCGGUCGGAUCCUGCGUCUCAUUAAAGGAGCCAAAGGCAUCCGGACGCUGCUCUUCGCUCUGAUGAUGUCACUUCCCGCCCUGUUCAACAUUGGCCUCCUGCUCUUCCUCAUCAUGUUCAUCUUCUCCAUAUUCGGCAUGUCCAACUUCGCCUAUGUCAAGAAGGAGGCGGGCAUCGACGACAUCUUCAACUUCGAGACGUUCGGAGGUAGCAUAAUUUGCCUCUUUCAGAUAACCACGUCGGCCGGUUGGGACGGGCUUCUUCUUCCCAUGUUGAACACAGAGCUUCCAGACUGCGAUCCAGACUUCGAGAACCCGGGCACAGAUGUGAGGGGCAACUGUGGCAGCCCGGUCAUGGGCAUGAUUUUCUUCUGCAGCUAUAUCAUCAUCUCCUUCCUGGUGGUAGUCAAUAUGUAUAUCGCUAUCAUCCUGGAGAACUUUAAUGUGGCGCAGGAAGAGAGCAGUGACGCACUCUGCGAGGACGACUUUGAGAUGUUCAACGAGACUUGGGAAAGGUUUGACACGGAUGGAACCAUGUUCAUCGAGUACAGCCAACUUUCGGACUUUUGCGACGCCUUGCAGGAGCCGCUGAGGGUGGCCAAGCCCAACCGGCUUCGCUUGAUCAAGAUGGACCUUCCGCUGGUCAUCGGGGAUCGGAUCCACUGCCUGGACGUCCUGAUAGCCGUCACGCAGAUGGUUCUGGGAGACACGCUAGAAAUGGUGGCCAUGCGGGAAAGCAUCGAGACCAAGUUCAUUAAGAGCAACCCCACCUCAGACUCCUUUGCGCCUAUUACCACCACCGUGCGCCACAAGGAGGAGGAAUGGGCCACCGGCGUCAUCAAGCGAGCCUUCAGGAGCCACCUGCUGAGACGCUGCCUGCGCUACGCUGCCUUCAUGCAGCGCUCCAAGAGGAGGGGCGUCCAGGAUGGAGAACCUCCUGAAAAAGAAGGACUGAUCGCACGGAAGAUGGUAGCUCUCUAUGGCAGCGACGCAUACCUUGGAAAGGAAAAGCCAUCAGAGACUCCGACAGCUGAGAUGGCGCCAGAAAGGCAAGACGGUAUCGAAGCCCAAAGGCCAAAUUUCCUGGUUAUACCUGUGGAAAUAACCAAUGAGGUGUUGCUACAUUCUGCCCCUGAUCGAAGCCCCAGAGAGUCAGUCGUGUAACAAAAACACUGCAAGAUCCUUCGUCGCCAUCACUGACUUUACUACAAUUGUUGUUUUGUAAACAUAUUGAAGUUAAAUCAUGUUUUUGAUCAAAUCCGAAGCGUGGUUUCCCGAUGCAUGCUAAGGCCUUUAUUUAAAUCAUAAGGAAUCUUCUUGAAACCUCUAGCUAGCAGUGUUGUAGUCCUCCAGGGCAGCCCAAAGACUACUUUUGCCUGUCUCAUCUCAGGAUUGAUUUUAUUUUGGUCUUGUCAUGGCCUCAAACUUCAACACUUAGUCUUAACUGCUCAAAGUCUUAAACUUGAUUUGGUCUUGUCCUUGACACCAGCGCUCCUUGCCUUGAUCUCAGUUUCAACUCCUAAAAGUCUUGACCUUAAAUUGGUCUCAACUUCUCAAAUUGUUGCUCUCAACCUUACAUUGUUCUCAUCUUCUCAAAGUCUUGGUCUUAACUUGGUGUUCACCUGCUCUGAUCUUGCUCUUGACUCAAGGUCUCAUUAACUUGGUUUUGGGUCUGGUCUUGAUCUUAAUUACUCAAAGUCUAUGUUUUGACUUGGUCUUGACCUCUUUUUGGCCCGUCCUUCACUUGACCACACAUUGCCUUGGUCUCAACUUCUCAAAGUCUUGGUCUUGAUUUAAUCCUGAUUCAGUCUCACAUCUGCCUUGUUUCUGGAUUUUGAUUGCGAUCUCAAAUGUUGUGGUCUUGUCUUAGUUUUGACCUGUGUUGGUCUCGAUGACUCAGGCGCAAAUUGGUUUGGUUUUAAUCUCAACUUCUUAAAGUUUUAGGCUUGACCUGGUUUCACAUUUCCCUAACAUUGGUCUCAAGUCUCAAAUCAAUUGGUUUUACAUCCUCAAAGUCUUCAUCCUGACUUUGUCUUGACAUGUUUUGGUCGAGUCUUACACUCAACUCUUCAAAGCCUUAGUCUCAACCGGCUUUAGUCCUGGUCUCGACUGAGGCUUGCAUAGUUUCUUAGUCUCAACACUUUAAAAGACCUUGGUCAGGGAUUAUGGGGUCUUGACUACAAUACUUCUAGCUGGUUCAAGAAAUCCAAAGCAGUGGUAUGUUCGGUUUUUAGAGGACACACGAAACCUGCUUGAUGUAAGUCAGACAGACGUGCUAGCUGUCAAUUGCUUCUUUUCUCCGCGAUCCAAGUCCAAAACAACUUGACCGUCUGCUUGAACAUUGCACUAUUAUUUUUAGGCCGUCCAGGUCGAGUUGCAGCUGAUGCCCAAGACAACUUCAUGAUGUUUUUGUUUCAUCCUUGAGGUUUACAUGACCCCCGACUUUGCUUUUGUAUGCGUGUGAAAUAGUUCUCUCACUUUCUGUCUUAACUGGCUUUAAAAAGUCUUUACAAAUGUUGUAGAAAUGAGUUGUGUGUCCUACAGGAGUCAAACAUUGUGUCUUUUUGUUCCUGUUUUUAGUUGUAACUUGACCUGUGAUGCUCACCAAACUUUGUUUACAUUUAGGAUGCACGGAGUAGCUUUCCUGCGAUAUAACGUGUAUAAAAAUAUAUAUAUACUGAAAAGAUGCUAUUCAGUUUCUUCACAAUAAACUACUCCAGAGAGUGUGC